AUGCUUGGUCAAAGUAGUAGCAGCAGCAGUACUGCUGCACAUGCACCAGUAUUGCCACCUGCAUCUGGAGAAUUGAGUCAGCUACUACAAGCUAAUAAACAAUGGGCUAGUAAAGUCGCCAGAGAGAAGCCAGGAUUUUUUCAUGAUUUAUCGAUUGGUCAAAAACCAGAGAUAUUAUGGAUUGGAUGCAGUGAUUCUCGUGUGCCGCCGACUGAUCUAGUUCAACUCGGUCCCGGUGACAUGUUUGUCCACCGAAACAUUGCCAACGUUGUCGUGCACAGCGACUUGAACCUCCUCUCAGUAAUACAGUACGCAGUAGACGUACUAAAAGUUAAACAUAUCAUAGUCUGUGGGCAUUACGGAUGUGGAGGCGUGCUAGCAGCCAUGGGCAACCACCAAUACGGCCUCAUCGACAACUGGCUACGAGCAAUCAAAGACACAUACAUGAUUUACCGAUCAAAGAUUGAAUCUCUGACAGAUCCAAAAGAACGUGCUGAACUGCUGAUUGAAUUGAAUGUGAUUCGGUCUGUGCAGGCGGUCUGUCAUACGACUAUUGUGCAGAAUGCGUGGGCGAGAGGGCAGCCUAUAUCUGUGCAUGGAUGGUGCUAUCGGUUGAGUGAUGGUGUUAUUCGGGAUUUGAAACUCUGUGUUAAGGGUUUGAAUGAAAUUGAUGACGUGUACAACCUCGUUGCCGAUGAAAAGGCAUAA